AAUUAUUGCCAGACGUAAAACGAUAUUCAUUAUUCCAGCCAUACAAAUUCUCAUGUUUGUCAUAGCGCACAUUUAAAAACUGUCUCGCUCGCUGUUUCGAACUUAACAUUCGUCUCGAACGGAGUGCAGGAUAUAUUGAAAAUUAGGAUAGGAUUGGACAUAUUAAAAUUCAGGAAGAAAAUUCAAUCAUGAACCAGCAUUUCGCAAGUUUGUGUUCCGUUAUUUUAUUCCUUGGGCAGGGAUCAACAGCCUUGGGCGGAUGCUCAGAUGAUUCCACUUGUACGAGUUUGUGUGGCUAUGCAGGUGCUGGCAAAUGCGUAAAUGGGACUCACUGCGUUUGCGAGACAUGCCCACACAGAAGUUUUGCUGAACUCGUGAGCGUAGCCGAAACAUGUGUUCCGGAACCAUUAUGCCAUUUGAGGUGUCCAAAAUCUUCCUUCGCAAUGGGAACAGCUGGGAGGCUGUACGUAGGACAUAUCUGCGCCCCUGUCAAGAAGCCGUGGGAUAGCACGUGCAUCUGUUUUUGCAUGCCGCCAGAUUUUGCCAGUAUCGGAACUGUGCUGAGAUGCCCAGUGCUUCCAAAUAUUAAACCUUCAUUUGGAUAAGUAGCGCUCAUGCAGCUGUCUUCCGAGCAUGUCCAAUCUUUUGUCAACUAUUCAAUUAUCAAUUCGUUAUACCCCAGCAUUGUAGGUGUACAUAUACGCAUAUGUACAUAGUAGGUGAAUUUGGAAGUGCAGACUUGUAAAAUUCUAUAUCAAGACGUGUGCAAAUAAAAACUAUGCAAUGAAGUAAAUAA